AUGCUACCUCCUGCUUCCGACGAACAGGUGUACGUCACAGUUUCACCCAUUUCGGGGGGCAGCAUAACUUUACUGGAGCGUUUCUUUACUGAGCCAGCCGACCAGCAUGCCUACCACACGGUUCCGUCCUUGGCGUUUCACAUACUCCAUCCGGCGCCAAACAGUAAACCGCAUGGUAUCAUGUUUGACCUCGGCCUCCGUUCGUCAAUCACAAACUACAGUGAGCCGCAACAGCAACAUCUGCAGAACAGAAAACCGUACACGAUCGGGCCUGGUGUGGCAAAAACCCUUCAGCAGGGGAAGAUAGAUGCCUCUGACAUCGACAUUGUUAUCCUGAGCCACGUUCAUUAUGAUCAUCACGGAGAUCCAGAGCAUUUCCCCAAAGCAAAGUUUUUCGUAGGCCCAGGAACGCUUCACUUACUCGAGCACGGCCUUCCAUCCACCUCAAGUCACCAACAUUUUGUGAAGGAAUUGUUGCCCAGAGAUCAGACCGUCGAGUUCCCUGACAUCUCGGACGCCCACAGCGACUACAGGUGGGAUACUCUGGGGAGCUUCUCCUCUAUAGAUCUCUUUGGGGACGGGUCGAUCUACGUGCUCAAUUCCCCGGGGCACUUACCUGGCCAUAUUAAUCUGUUAUGCCGGGUGUCUGCUGGAAAUUGGGCUUGCCUCUGCGGGGAUGCAUACCAUGACCGCCGCUUGCUCACAGGUGAACGCGAUAUUGCCUUUUGGGAGGGUCAAGAUGGUUCAGUAUGCUGCAUCCACAAUGACCCUGAUGCUGCCAGACAGGCACUUGGUCAGCUCCGCGAGUUGGCAGCAACAGGCCAUGUGGAAUUGAUCGGGGCUCAUGAUGCCCUAUGGUGCGCAGCCAACUCUGAUCGCAUGUUUCCAGCUUCAUUAUAA